CUCUCUGCUUUCACGAAACUCCAUUCUCACUAUAUAUAUAAACCACCAUAUUUUAGCUAUAUAUGUCCAUUCUUGUUCCACAUUGCUCACUUGUCUUUCUCUUACAUUCAAAUCCUCUUUGCUCAUACUACCUUACUUGUUUUUCGAAAUCAAUGGAAGCUUUUAACAUACUUAAAUUCUGGCGUACUGCUGCCGUUAGAGAUAUCGUUUCUGAUUUUGAUUCUGUUAAUAAUUUCGUCGACGUACACAGACCACUGGAGAAUGAUGAAAAAACCAAUGACGACGAAGACUCGUUCUUCGAUUUGGUAUUCACAGGACACCCUAAAGAAUACAACAACGCCAAAUCCGUUUCUGAAACAAAUUUACCCGAGUCUCCUAAAGAUGUGUUUUUUAAACCAAAAGCUUUUCCAAUUGACUCCAACUCGAAGCCUCUUUCUCCGAAUUCUAUACUAAGAUCAGCUCCCAAGUUUCGUGUCUGCUUCUUGGGUUUCAGGAAGUCAAAGCCAGAGAAAGUAGGCGUUGACGAUUCUUAUGCGGCAAGUCCGAAAAUGCAAGACCAGAAACUGUCUCCUAAAGCACAGAGCUAUCGAUUUACGACGAAAUGCAAGGUGGAGGAGGUUCCAGCCAGCUGUAUUUCCUUCAGAUACAAUAAAAGUUUAAAAGGAAACCAAGUUCGAAAAGAAGAAGAGGUCUCUUCAGUUAAAGACUCGUCAAAGCAAGAUAUGCCCAAAUAUUUGAAGUUGAUGAAGCCUUUGUACUCCAGAGCUUCCAAAAGGUACACCGACAAUAUAAAAAUAUCAGACAAUGUUUCGAGAGCAAGUCAAUUGUGCUCUCCGUCAAUGCAAUCAUUGAGCUUACCCAGAAAAUCAUCAGAGGAAGGAAAACAGGGGAGCCGAGUUGCUGUACUUGGGGUUGUGCGCAAACAGCUAAGGAAGAGCCGUUCGAUGGCAUCCGUUCCCGGAGUUUCAACGUCGCCGAUGAACCGGAGAGACGAUUCACUGUUGGAGCAAAAUGACGGAAUCCAAAGUGCUAUUCUUCACUGCAAGCGAUGUUACAGCUCUGCCUCAAAAGACUGUUCGGUGUUAUUGUCAAGAUCUGCAAAUGAAGAUCUGCCCAGAGCCUCUUCUGAGGAGCUGAACAGAUGGAGUAUUUGAAUAGUAAUAAUCCAUGGUGUCAACAUUUAGAAACUAAAUAUAUAGCGGGAACAGAAAAUUACUAGAAACAGAGGCUUUGUCUUGUUUCAUUUGCUGAUAUCCUUAACUAUUUUGUUUUUACAAGCGAAGUGCUGUUAGUGGAAUGACUAGUUUCUUUUUGGUAAAGUAACUGAGGA